GCCUACAAAAGGUCAACUGACAAUGCAUCGGAAUUGCAUCUUUGUUUUGUUGAUCUUCAUAACAAAUAAAGGUACACUACUCUCGGAGAAGAUCAGAAGUCACGUGUCUAAAGACCUUACUUGUAACCAAGACAGCCAUGCAGUAAUCAGGCAUGGUGAAAAGCGGCGUAUUCUUGGAUCUGAACACGAGUACUUUCAGUCUUAUUAUGCGAAAAAGGGCCUUCUGCCUGUUUACAACCGUCUGAGACAUGAUGGAUUAAUAGAUGACUGGGGGCCACUAGGGGCAACAUCAUACAGCGACGCCAUUGCUAGGUCAACAGAUUAUUACAGAUUGCAAGCAGAAUCAGGCCAAAAUGUGGAUGCCCCAAUAAAGCUAAUUGAAGAAAUCCUAGCCUAUCGGCGUCAAGAUGCUAGAAAACAUGGUGGUGGUGAUAGGGGUCAUAAUGCAAACAUCGACAACUGGCAGAAUGGACUGGAGCGAAUUCAGGGUGGUCAAGAUCGAUUUCGAAAUUGGUAUCGUACCAAUGUAAGGAGGAACAGGAGACAUCGUAAUUCGAGGAGUAGAAGGGAGGGUGGAGUGAGAAGACUUCGACAUUCGAGGAGUAGAAGGGAGGGUGGAGUGAGAAGACUUCGACAUUCGAGGAGUAGAAGGGAGGGUGGAGUGAGAAGACAUCGACAUUCGAGGAGUAGAAGGGAGGGUGGGGUGAGAAGACAUAGACAUUCGAGGAGUAGAAGAGAAGGUAGGGUGAGAAGAAUUCGACAUUCCAGGAGUAGAAGGGAGGGUGGAGUGAGAGAGUCCGUCGGCAAGGCAACAGAAGAAGAAGGAGUUGAUUUCUUCAGAGCAGUCGACGAAGUGAAGGACGAUUUAUUGUUGUAUGUAGAGAAUAUUUUCAAAAUUCAUAUCAAAUUCUUCACUAUUGUCGGACGUAAAACAAUUACAUAUGAAAAACAAAUACUUUAG